AUGAGCUCCCGAUUUUUUUUUAAAAUAGGUGAUCCUAAUCAAGAGCUAGAUAAACCUUACAAAUUAUGUAAAGUGGAUAACUGUGCAAUUAAAUUCAAAGUGAAAAGUAAUGAACUCGCCACAUUCAUACUUGUAUCUAAAGAUUGCCCACAUAAGGAUUGUUACAAGGUUGCUUUGGGACAAUCCAGCAGUUUAGUUUCAACUUUUGCUACUGGUCAACAGCCUAUUAUUGUCGGAACACCCCACAUCGAUUUAUUAGAAUAUACAGAAUUCUUGGUGACAUGGUUUAGCAGUAUCAUUCGUAUUGGGCUGGUUGGUGAUGCACCCUUCCUUGAAUAUGUUGAGAACAAUGCAAAAGUCCCAGCUAUUGGUUUUAUCAAAUUUAUAACACAAUGUAGUCAUGUCAUAAGCGACUGGAUAUUUGAAAGUUCACCAGUAUCUUCAGAGCUGCCCAGAAUUAUACAAAUUAAAGGUGGUAAAUUAAAAUGGAUGCCAAUGACAGGAAAAGGAUUAUUGCCUCCGGACGCUAUGAUAGGUGGUUUCGAAAAUGAACCGAUUUAUAUCGCUCGUUCUCAUCACAACCAGUCGCUUUGCCCGGGAAAAUAUGUACCCUCGAAACGUCACUCUUUUAUAGCUUGGGGUCACGAGGAACAUCGAAAGAAACAUUUUGAGAUAUUAUGUGGCUUUGAUGCUCAAUGGAUGAAGUGUGAAGGCAACAAUAUCCCAGAGAACGCUUUCAUAGGGGGCUUUUCUGAAGUUAACAAACAGCCACUCUAUAUUGGUCGUGCUAUGAUUGAAGGAAAUCUUAUAUGCGGGAAAGUUCAUUUGCUUUAUAAAUUAUGUUAUAUACCCUAUGAAGGUCGCGAAGUGGAAAAGUACUAUUAUGAAAUAUUAGUAACACCGGGAAUAGUCGCUCGGGCAGUGCAAACACCCAAAAAAUGUAAUAGUUAUUGUCACUGA